AUGGACUCGCUGGAUGUGUAUUAUAAUGGAACUUUCCAGCCAGAGAACCACGAUGGUGUGGAGCAAGAACCACCAGCAUGUCUGUACUCUCGGCGCACAGAGCAGGUGCCGUAUUUAGAUCUGCACAGUAACACAGCACUUGGGAAUCAGGACGGAGAUUUGGCACCCUACGAGCUGCCAUCCUGUCAGCAUGCCCCCUCACCCGGGUAUCUCCAGGCGGAAGGACCGCAGACUGAUGCUUACCAUCCGAGGACCGAUGAGACGACGGCGCACUUGGCCUUUCCUUGGAUGAGACCUUCAAGGUCUCAAAUCUGCCAGGCGUCCAUGACAGGCGGGUUUCUGUGCGAAGACGCGGAUGACCAGAAGAGAAGCCGCACAGCAUACAGCAGGGCACAGCUGCUGGAGCUGGAGAAAGAGUUCCUGUUUAACCGCUACAUUUCCCGGCCACGCAGAUACGAGCUGGCAACGAGCCUGAACCUCACUGAGCGCCACAUUAAAAUCUGGUUUCAGAACAGGCGCAUGAAGUGGAAAAAAGAGGAAGCAAAGAAGCGCAGAGGCGCACGGAACCAAGAGGUCCAUGAACAAGAUGCCGACUCAACUGUAACAACACGGGUGUGA